GGUGGACAAAUAUAUCUCCUCUGCUGCUGCUGUCACAUUCUCAGAAUAAUACUUCCCCUUCAGUGUUCAGGAAAGAGACUUGAGUUAAAACAAGGAAGCAACAAACAUGAGAGGAGAAACAUCUCAGUUGUGUUCGGUAAUUUUACUUCUUCAGAACAUUGCAGAGCGAACAGGAGAAUAAUUCUGUGUCAUCACCGAAUCCUGAGUUUGUAAACAUCGACAUCUGCAGCUAAAUUAUCAAGUAUAAACGGUUAAACUCACAGGGCACAGUCACUGAGAGGAAGUGAUGCAACUGAAAACGGCAUGAAUGUAUUUUUAAGCAGAACCAACGUUAGAGACUGAAUCAUUAGUGAAAAUAACAGAGCAGUAAGGCACCAUGGCUGCUUUCAGAUGGAUUCAAAUGGUUUUACUUCUGAUCCUCAUGCUUCAGUUUAAAGCACAAACUGAGACGCAGCAAACCUUCCUUACUGUCAGAGAUGGAAAUGAAGUCACUUUGCCUUGUGGAAACAGAAGAGACACACAUGAUAAAUCUGAUGAAACUAGUUGGUUCAUCAAUGAUAAACAUUUAUCUGAAAUAAGAACACUGAUCAAACUUGGAAAUUCUCACAGAGAAAUGAAAACUAUAUCAGACAGACUGAGUGUUACAGCAAACGGUUCUCUGCUUCUACAUAAAGUCACAGAGGAUGAUGUUGGUCGGUACAUCUGCCGUUGGACAAUAUCAGGACAACUACAUGACUUUGAAGUGUAUCUAUCUGUAAUUACUAUUGUUGAACUGAAGAAUCCAGAUAAAGUCGCCUUGUUCUGCUCUGUGGUCCAUUAUGAUCACUGUCGACAUCAGGUGAAGUGGCUUUAUGAGGGGAAAGAGGAAAAACCCUCAGAUAUGGAAAUAUACCAACAUUCCUGCUCUGCCACUGUGACAUUUCCAACGUCUCAUCAGAAAUUAGACAUUUAUCCGUCACUAACAUGUAAAGUUACAAACUCAGUCACUAAAGCAGUUCAGCUGAUCCCCUUCAGUCUUCAGUCCUCAGAGGUGACCCAGUCAACACCAACAGCAACACAUCACUGGACAUCUGCAGGGAGCAACAAGGAAGUUAAACAACAAGAUAUUUUCUAUUUGUUGAGAUGGAUCAUUAUAUCUGUGGGUUUAGCAGCUCUGGUAAUAUCGGUCGUUAUUCUCAACCUCUGGUUGAAAACUAAAGGUGAGAAAGUUCACAGAUGA